CAUCUUGAUCUCCCGGUAAACAGCGGAGUCUCUUAUUUUGAUAUUGUUCUUAGAUCUAGAUAAUCUAAGUCUAAAUCUAGAUCCAGAUCUUAUCUUAUAUAAUACAGACGUUACUUCGAAAAUGAAUAUCUACAACUAUUGUUGCAUGACAACUAGAUCUAGAUGUAUUAUUUUUUAGUUGCAUUUUGAAUUCAUUCUCCACCUAUGGCCUGACAUUGCAGGAUGUGUGCCCCGUGUGUAACGACGGAGAAAGAUCCUACUCUCUUUUCUGUGUGACAUGUCCUGUGUCAAUGUGUGUGUGUGUUCGUUGUGUAGAUCACCUGUUUCAUGCUCUUCUCUUCUGCUUCGAGUUUUACAAAAAAACUUUUACGAGCACAUUACAACCAAAAUGAUUAGUGCCCGUAAAGAAAUUCUGUACACAUUGCAAUUGGAGAUCAUUCUUUGUUAAAUUCAUUCUCGUCAGUCUUUGUGGGAGGAUUUAUAUUGGCACACUUCUUUAGAUGAUGCUACAGCCUAGAACUCUCUCAGCAUGGCUGCAGCAUCAACAAAUCAUUCUGGCUCUGGUGUACUCUUCAAUAUGAGUGAACAACGGCAGACACCUCAGCCUGGACUGAAGUGUGAAUCUAAAAGGUUUCUGCCGAUGGAACACGACUGCUCUUACUGUGGGAAGAGCUCCUUCAGCAUGAAGUUCUGCACCAACUGCUGGGUGGCCAAGUACUGCGACAGAGAGUGCCAGAAGAGCCACUGGCCAGAACACAGGCAUCAUUGCCACAAGGAGACCGACAUACGUCAGCUAUACAAAGGUGGUCGCAUGGUGGAGAUGGAGAUGGUGCCAGACACUGAGUUUCUAGAAGCAUCGGUCAACGAGGACUUUUUGUUCUUAGACCUGGACAAAUGUCCCAAGAACGGCUACAACGACCACGCCAACUUUAUUGCCGUGAAAGAGUUUACUUUGCAGCAUCUUCCGAAAGAGAUCAGGCACAAGUGUGUGGCGGACUACAUACUGGCUGAAUCUAAGACAACUGUCCGGGUGCUGGUCAAAUGGACUAGUAAGAAUCGUCCAGACACAGAUGCUUGUGCCAGGUGUCGGGGCACCAGAAAUACAAGGACAGCAUCAGGGAAGUUUGUGCUGGACAAUCCUGACUCUUUCCAGGUCAAGGACUGCCCCAUACCGCACUGUCACCGCAUAAAAAACCUUGGCCCCAAUCACAAAAUCAUCGAAGCAGACUUGAAAAUCUUCACCAACAAGCAUGUCCUGUACGACGAGGAUGAACUUAAUCGCACUGAGGUCGACUUCUUCUAUGACAGCAAGGACAAAGUUGGGCUGGUCAAAGAAUAUGCCACACAGCUGUUUUACACUAAACCGUCUUCGGAUAAAACAUUUUUCAAGGUGACCAUACAUGAUGAAGAACUGCUGCACAGACUAGAGCAGAUUGACAAUGAUAAAAGCGCAGCUUUCUGGAACUUGCCAUCCCAGGUUCUUAGAAAAAUGUCUGCUUUCGCAAUCGUGAUUUCCCACCCUCAUGGCAUGCCCAAGAAAAUCAGCAUUGGCCACGUUGUUCGAGUCACCGAAGAGAAUCUUACAGAUGAAACAAUAGCCAACGCAAAAGAGGCUGCACUUCUGGAACGGACAUGGUUUGAAUCCCACAGUGAGGAGGACUAUCUUAAGUUUAUGGCUGGCCUCGGGCGCCUUAAUCUGCCAGUUUAUAAAAUCUGGUAUGACACCCCGACUUGCCAGGGAAGCUCAGGGUCCCCUGUUAUCUUUGGUGGAAGAAAAUGUAAAGACACAUGGGGGCCAUACAUGGCCUUUCAUUCUGCCUACGACAUUGACUCCAAGUUAAAUUAUUUCAAGAUAGUCAGAUUUAUUGAUUGAGUCAUUGUGCUUCCAUUAGUUACAAAUACUCUCCAACCAAAAUGUUUUUUGAGGGAGAAGAAAAAAUGUGCCUUAUAUAGUAGGCCUACAUAAGAUGUUUCAGUAUUUAGUACAUUAUAAUAAUUGUAUUUAUAGGUGUUUACAAACUUGUAGAAUCAAAAUGUUAUUGGAGAACAUUUUAUACAGGCUGAUGUAUUUAUUAUAUUUUUUUUAAUUGUUUUUGUUUAGCCCAUCUUUCAUGUAAUAGCAUGGGGAGGGGGGUAUGUGGGAGAACGUUUCCUUGCUGCACAGCUAUCCCAAUUUAGUUCCAUAUGAAAUUUAAACUUGACAGUGGGGUUCAAGCUUCGUUCUCAUUUUACAUGUGGGAAGGUUCAGAUCAGUAAUCCUAUAUCUGAGUUGAACUGCGCAGUGGUUUCCAGGUCAGGCAGUUCUCAUUAUAGUUUUUUGUUCUAUAGGAAGGUUUUGUUCGAGCCUCCUGAUAUAGUGUGCAGCUUUCUCUGGUGAUGCUCCACAAGGGCAGGAUUCGCUUGCCCCGACUUUAAGCUUCUGGAACAUAAGUUUUUCUCAUUCUGUCUUGUCCGGUUCUCAGUCAAAAAAUUAUGUUUGAAACCUUGGUGAAGACUGUGAUUUUUAAUUUUGGGAUCUUUGGGCACCUCCGAGUCCACCCAGCUCUAAUGGGUACGUGACAUUAGUUGGGGAAAAGUAAAGACAAUUGUCGUUGUGCUGGCCACAUGACACCCUUGUUAACCGUAGGCCACAGAAACAGAUGACCUUUACAUCAUCUGCCCUGUAGACCGCAAGGUCUGAAAGGGGAAUUUUACUUCUGAAGGUUGGCUAUAAUGAUAAUGGCCAGCUUAUAGCUACACCAGAUCUGGCAUGUUGGACGCCAUUUUUUCUUCUACCUAGAUAAGAAAUUUCUAGCAGCCAUGGCAAUAAAAAAUUGAUUCCUAUCUAUUAUGGUUACCUCUGUUUAUGUAUUCUGCUCGCUGCCACCACUUUAAUGAUAUAAAAUCAGAGUAAUACAAUAAAUGAACUAUUGCAAUAUUGCUAUUGUUGCUAGACUGAACAUUUAUUACGCUGAAUGCCCCGUACCUUCAAACACCAUAUCAACACACAUGCACAGGUAUCUAUCUUGACAUAAUAAAGCAAUAUGCUUAUGAGAUUAUUACGUUUUUGUAUUGCAUUUUAGGCAAAGUAGCUUUGUCCUGUAUAAGAUAGUAUUUAAUGCACACAGAAUGUACGAAUGUGAAUUUAAAGAGUUAAUUUUCUUUUACUUUAUACUGUUAUUACCAAAAGCAUUUUGAGAUUAUUUCACCAUUUUAAUUUCUAUCUAUAUAUUGUUAGACUUUAAUCUUUAUUCAAACUUUAUUUUAUUAUUAACCAUUACAUUAAUUAUAUCAUUGUGUGUUAUUUAUAUUGGCUGGCUUUGUCGAAACAACUGUCCAUCUAAAAUAUUUCUAUGCUUAAAGGGAUGCAACUUGUCUUUUUUUAAUAUAAAGAAGAAAGAAAUGUGUAUUGUAAAUAUAUUUUUUUUUGAGAUUACAAAUAAUUAUGAUUUCCUAGAUCUGGUCAUUCUGGAACUGGUCAUUACAUUUCCAUAUUUUUUUUUUCUUUAUGUUAACCAUUGUAGUCUUUCAUUUUGGGGUUUUUAUCAGUAUUUUUUGCAGUUGCCAACUUCUAUGUCAUCAUUUCACAUAUUGCCAGUUACCAAUUCUUCUAAUCUCAUCUUCUCUUUUGACAUCUUCUUUUUUGAAGUAACGUCUGUAUUAUAUAAGAUAAGAUCUCUGAUAGUUUUUGGUUUCUUGACAAGUUCAUACAAGCUUUCACACAGCUGGAAUGUCCCAUUUGACAUCACAAGACAUUAUGAUGUCAGUAGAUAAAGACUAAACUUCAGCUGUAAACAUCUCUGGCAAUCAUUUCUUCGUUGAAAACUCAAACAGUUGGUCAGACUUUGUUAACUCUUUCAGUGCAGGGUUACUCUAUGUGAGUUACUUCUCUAGCCCUGUUGGUGGUGACCUAUUUUUUUUUUAAAUUAAAUCAAAUAUGUUAGAUUAUAUAAUAAAAAUUUGUUAAAGUUACGUUAGUCUUAGUAACUCUAACCCCCCUGCAGGUUUUUGUUCAUUUAGAAAAACUCCAUUGUUUCAAUCAAAAUAAUUCGCACUGAAAGAGUUAAUGCACAAAAAAUUAGCAUUAAGAUGAAAUUGUUUCAGUUCAAUAAUACUCUUUCAGCUUGAGCAGUGAUGACCAAACUACAACCCACGGGGGCCAUAUCCAGCACGUCCAAACUUGAACUCACUGUGCAUAGGAAAGUCACAGAGGCUUGUUUUCCAUUGGCCCCAACAUUUCUUUGUGCUGAUGCCCCUUCAGGGAACAUAUUCUUGUAAACCCCCGGGGCAGCAAGUGGCUGCCAACCACACCUCCCCAGCAAACUCAAAUUUCAGUAUAUGGCCCCCCACACCAAAAUGAGUUGAGAAUCGCUGAGAUUUUAGCCUUGCGCUGUAUUAGUCCAAUAAAUUGGACUGGAUUUUGAAAGUAGAUGGAGAAAUUCUUUUGCAAAUCACUCCCUUAACACUUGACCUCCUUGGCCAUUUGUCUUGCAUUGAAUUGUGUAAAUUAUAAGUAAUAAUAUUUUCACUGUUCCACAGCUUGGACUGUAUACAUUUGUAGUUGGUCAGACUCUUUUAAAUGCAACUAUGUUAUUGUUUUACCAAUCUCGCAAAUCAAAUUCUACAUACUGGACCAUAAUUUGACAUAAACAUUGAAUACAGCUGUUCAGAAAGGGAAAUAAUCAGAAAAAUGAUAAGGCACCACAAAAGAUAAACAGUAUUAGUCUUUUUGCCAUUGUCUAAUAAUUGGAACCAUCUAUAGUGCAAACUCAAUUAUCAGGAUUUAGUGGGAACAGGGUCUGUCUGAAUGGGGAAUAUAUAAAUUGUCCAUUUCACUAACAAUGUACAUAAAAGUCAUAUGGCGGUAUUGCUAGAUUAUACUAAGAUCAAGAAGGAAAGUUGAAUAAGUUGCACAUCAGCAAGACCUUACUGUAGAACAAAACAAAAAAGAGCAGUCGGAUAUUUGAUAUUUGACUUGAUAUUUGAUUUGAUAUUUGACUUGACAUUUGCUAUUUGACUUGAUAUUUGACUUGACAUUUGAUAUUUGACUUGAUGUUUCACAUUUUACUUGACAUUUGAUUUGAUAUUUGACUUGACAUUUGAUAUUUGACUUGAUAUUUGACUUGACAUUUGAUAUUUAACUUGACAUUUGAUAUUUGACUUGACGUUUGAUAUUUGACUUGACAUUUGACUUGACGUUUGAUAUUUGACUUGAUAUUUGACUUGACGUUACGUAGAAACAAUGUCCUACUGUUGUCAUGCUUCCGUGUACCUUAAAAUCAUCUGCUUUGGUCCACCUUCAUGAAAUGUAACCACCAAUGAUUUUGACCAGUAUGCCUUGAAUGUCUUUCUAUCAUGAUGACCUACUUUGUGCAUCUUGAUGUUUGUCUAGUCACAUGAACAAGUCCAGUGUGCUAUUCAACGUUUAUUGAAGCACACGCUGAUCAACAAAGGAAACUCUGGAAGAUCAGUUUUUUUUAUUAAUGCUGUUCUUGGUCUUAUAUCUAUAUAUAUUGAUAUACCGGUGUAUAUUUAAUGUUACAAUGUAUCUUUUCUGUUUUAAUGUCUUUUAACCUAAGACAGUGAUGCCCAAAAUACAGCCUGCCACAUCCGGCCCGUGAUGGGGGGGGGCAGCGAUGUGAUUCAAUCUGGCCCUCUGAAACGUCGGCAUAAAGUGUAGAAAAUCACCUUUCCACACAAAAAAAAGUUUGAAAAAAAAAAUCUUUCCCCUAUGUUCGGCUAAUGAAAAAGAUGAAUUGAUUGAAGCAUGAGAUUCACUGGUUUCUAAUAAAAAUGGUUCAUUGUGUAUUGUUUUUUUAACCUCUUUAUUCAUGUGGCCCGCGACACGAGUGUCGGAAAUUAAAAUGGCCCGCCGGCCUAAUAUGGUUGAGCAUCACUGACUUAAGAGAUUCUAGAGACUUGUGUUAUUUGAAUGUUCUGCUUCAGUUAAAAGCCAUGUGUAAAACAAAAUGUACAUCAUUUAGUGUUUUUUUCCUAACAUGGGUAUUUCUUAAUUUCUAAUGCUUGGGUUGUUUUUUUUCACUAUAUAUGUAUUUGAUAUUACUUAUGAAAUGCACACUCAACUUUACUCCACUGUAAAUCAAAAUUUUUAAAAUAUUGAUCAAUUUUUGUUUAUGCCUACAGUUUGUGGGUGCAACAUUUGGAAUUUGUUUUUGCCUUCAAUGUUGAAAAAAAGUCACAAUUUUUUGUUUAUCUUAAUAAAAUGUGAAAAAGAAUUUUAAAAAGAUUAAAAUACUCGCUACUAACUAAUGA